GUGACACUCUGUGGGUGUGGUGUCCCUUAACAUUGUUAUAUAGUUGAAUUUCCAGUUCUUUGUGUAGGCAAAGGGGGACUUGGAAGACUGGAAAACAGAUCGAAGAAGCAGGAAGCCUGCGUGCUUCUGCUGCACCGGUAUACCGGAAGGGGAAUCUCUCCUCUCUCCAGCCACAAACAUGGCCAAAAACACAACUAUCAUUCCUGCAACUACAGUUCAUCAACAUACCACAGCUGAACCAGAAUCAUGGAUAGAUGGUAUUCUGAACCGUAUCCCACUGCCACGAUGGGCCAUUUACACGCUAGCAGGUGUAGCAGCGUUCUUACUCCUUCUGAUAUUCAUCUGCUGUCUUUGUUGUUGUUGCCGACGUAAGAACAAGCAAAAAAAGAAAGAGAAAAUCAACCUUGGGAAUGUACAGAGCAGCGUCACUACCAGCCUGGUGCAGCCUGAUAUUGAAGGACUACAGAGGUCGCAGGAAAACGAGUAUCGGGGUCGUCUACAAUUCUCGCUGGAGUAUAACUUCCAGAGGGAAGAGGUCACAGUAGCAGUGAAACAAGCAGCAGCACUGAAAGCGAUGGACAGUGGUGGCACAUCAGACCCGUAUGUCAUAGUGUAUUUAACCAACGACACCCGUAAGAAGAACGAAACCAAAGUACAUCGCAAGACAUUACACCCGGUCUUCAAUGAGACCUUCAUUUUUAAGGUCCUGCAAUCAGAGGUACCAGAGACAGCCGUUGUAAUGCAGGUUUUUGAUUUCAACCGAUUCUCCAAACAUGAUGUGAUAGGAGAGCUGCGUCUAGCACUGGGGGAGAUGGAGCUCCAGCAUGUUAUUGAAGAGUGGAGGGACCUGACUCCUGCAGGAAAACCAGAGCAAGAGCGUCUGGGGGAAAUUUGCUUCUCUUUGAGAUAUGUACCCAGCACAGGGAAACUCACUGUUGUCAUCCUUGAGGCAAAGAAACUCAAAAAAAUGGAUUCAGAUGGCUUUUCCGACCCGUAUGUAAAGGUGCAGCUUGCGUUAAAUAAAAAGAAAUGGAAGCGCAAAAAGACAGGGGUGAAGAAAAACACAAUCAAUCCAUAUUUUAACGAGGCUUUCACCUUUGAGGUUACACUGGAACAAAUUCAGAACGUGGACCUUAUAAUCACAGUGUGGGAUCAUGAUAAAGUCAACAAGAACAAACAGAUCGGAAAAGUGUUUUUAGGGUGUCGAGCAUCAGGAAAUGCCUUGCGGCACUGGUCGGACAUGCUUGCCCAUCCCCGACGCCCCAUGGCACAGUGGCACAAUUUGCAGCCGGCAGAAGAAGUGGACAAGACGCUGGGACUGAAAUCCAAUUUCAAACUGCCCAUCCCACGCAGCUAAAUUCCUUCACCAGGGCUGCCUGAUCAAUUUAUUGAGUGAUCCAUCAACUCUUUAUUGAUUAACGCUAACACCAUACAUUGUGGUGAGGAAUCUGAUGGAGACUUCCACAUUCAAUCAACACAAGAUGCAUGGAACACUAUUCAGUACUGAUUCAUAGCUGUAAUAUAUAUUAUUGAAUCAUGGUUGCUGUGUGGGAAUGUCUACACUGUUUUCU